GGAUUCUUAGCGCAGUUGCUACGAUACAGAGCAUAUGCGUCGUUUUUAGCUUAGCUACUCUGACUCAUAGCUUUGAAUCUGAAGACAUUCACAUCGGAUACACCAGACUACGGAGGUAUAAAGAGUGCCGUUAUAUUGCGUAGCGUUGAAGUCACCGCUAGCUAGUGUACUGUUAGCUGAGCUGCUAGCAGACGGAUGGCAGCUGGUUUCAAUGGAGCGGAGCGAUACUAAAGUCUUGGCAAACCAGCCUUACGACGAGAGCCUGGAGGUCAACGACUCCGAGGACAUCGCUAGCGUGUACACCCCGACACCGCAAACACACCAGAGAGACUUGAGGCCGAGGAGCAGAAAGGGGCGGGGUGUAAUGGAAGCCAAUAGCAGCAGCGAUGAGUUUGAAGAGGAGGACAGCCCCCAGAAGCGACGGGAGCCAAUCAGCAACCUGGCUGGACUGGGUCCAGAGCAGGAGGAGGAGGAGGAUGAGGAGGACUCUGAUGAAGAGGACUCUGAUGAUGACGAUGAUGAUGAGGAGGAGGGGGCCUCGGCGCCCGAGGGCGCAUACGACCCCGCCGACUACCACAACCUCCCUGUUUCUACGGAAAUAAAAGAACUGUUCCAGUACAUCACACGCUACACCCCCCAGGUGGUGGAGUUGGAGAACAAGCUGAAACCCUUCAUCCCUGACUACAUCCCAGCAGUAGGGGACAUAGACGCCUUCCUUAAGGUGCCUCGUCCCGAUGAUAAGCCCGAUGACCUCGGCCUGCUGCUAUUGGACGAACCCUGUGUCAAGCAGUCUGACCCCAGGGUGCUGUCGCUGUGGCUGUCAGAGGAGACCAAGCAACACCACCCCACUGAGGUGAAGAAGGUGAGCAGUAUCCGCAGCCCCCACCAGGAGCAGAAGGCCCUGGACAGCUGGAUAGAGAGCAUAUCGGAGCUCCAUCGCUGUAAGGCCCCGGCCAGCGUCCACUACGCCCGGCCCAUGCCCGACGUAGAGUCCCUGAUGCAGGAGUGGCCCGCCGAGGUGGAGGAGCUCCUGGGCCGCGUGGCGCUGCCCAGCGCCGAGCUGGACUGUGACCUGGCCCAGUACGUGGACAUCGUCUGUGGGCUGUUGGACAUCCCGGUCUACAAGAACCGCAUCCAGUCCCUCCACGUCCUCUUCACCCUCUACCUGGAGUUCCAGAACUCUGAACACUUCAAGGCGCAGAACCACGACCGCCUGGCCUCCUAGAGCUGUGCAGAAGCUCCUAGAACCGGCUAGAUCCACCCUGGAGACCCAAAAGAGCCAGCCAGAACCCACUGGACCCACCCAGAACCAACUGGACCCACGUAGAACCAGCUAGACCCAUUUCGAGACCAAUAAGAGACAGCUAGAACCAACUGGAACCACUUAGCACCAGCUAGACCCACCUAGAUUGAGCUAAAGUCACCCAGGACCAGCUAGACCGGCCUAGAACAUCCGUAAACCAGAUAGAACUACCUAAAACCAAAACCUUGACCAGCUAUAACUAUAACCGCCCAGAACCAGCUAGAACCUCCGAGAAAUAGUAUUGAGUCUCAGAGAACCAGACAGAACCACGGCCGCCAGCCAGAAUGAGACCAACUAGAACCAGACAGAACCAGAGCAGCUAGAAUGAGACUAGCUAGAACCAGACAGAACCAGAGCAGCUAGAAUGAGACCAGCUAGAGACGGAGAGAACCAGACCAGCAAGAUUGCAACCCGCUUGAACAAAUAAAACCAGAUCUGUUUGUUGUACCUGAAUAAUGGUGAUAUGGUUUCUUAUAAUAGUUAUAUCAUAAUGUUUAUGAUUAUAUAAUUAUAUUAUACAUAAUUUAGCUGUUUGAUGACUCUGUUGAACUCUGUGUUGGAGACAUAUAUGAGUGGGAUGUGUAUUAUUAACAUUAUAUUGGGAUAUUUACAUGCACAAUAAUAGGAACACAAUCACAAAGGUUUGACACGACAAGACAUUGAGAAGGUUAAAUAAACCCUCUACAAAAUAAAA